AUGGCCAAGGCUUCUACUUUUUGGCCAGGCAAAUAUUCUGCCAGGCUCGCCAAAGCUCUUGAAGAUGAAGAUGACUAUGGUGCAGAAGAAAACACUGAGCGUGUGGGUGUUCUGCAUGAUAGGGAUGAGCGACAUGGAAGCCGCCGUGGCAAAAAGCCUUUGAACGAACCCGACCGACCGAUGAAAGUGGUUGAUUCGUCACCAUGCAGAUUACGCCGUCCUGAAAAUCUUACGAAAAAACGACCCGUGGAGCAAGUGAGGAAAGAACCUUUCAGAAGUCUAUCCAAGAGAGAGGAGGAGACGGGACGAUGUAGAAAGGCAGAAAGGAAGACUACUGAACGACUGAUCAAGAGACGAUUGACCAGGGACAUCGAAGCCUUGAAGAGAGAGGUGGAAGAUCUUCAACAAAUGGUCGCUCAGCAGGCAUCCCUAUCUGAGCGACGCAAGAGAAAGCGAGUCUCGUUCCAUGAAGAUACCAGAUAA